CGACCGAGGGGCGUCACCUUGGCCUUCGUGGGCGACGGUCCGAUGCGGGACGUCGUGAUGGACUGGCACGACCCGCCGCGGUGCGUGGUGCUCCCCGGCAUGCGGCCGAGGACGGAGCUGGCGGGGGUGUACAGGGCCACGGAUUGGGUGUGCAGCGCGAGUGCGUUUGAAACCUUCGGCAACGUUCCCUACGAGGCUGCGCACUGCGGCACCCCCGCGCUGUUACAGGACGCGCAGGGUUUCAAAGAUCAAAUCGACGCGAACGAGUCGCGCGGCGCGCUGCUCGAGUUCGACGCGGAAGAUGGGGAACAGCUGUGCGCCGCGGCGAUGGGCAGAACCUCGCGGCUGCUCAACGCGCCGCACGUCGUGAGGUCCGAGGCGAGGAGGAUGGCGAACAGAGGCACGUGCAUACACGCGGUGGUGUCGGAGGUUGUGACCAAAUGGAGCGCCGGGCCGGUUCGUAAGCGGCGUUGGAUCUACCUCGCGUGCGCCAUAUGGUCGUCGCUGGUGCUCGCGUCCAUCCUGCAGGUGAUGAGCUUCUUCAUGCGGCUCGGCGUGGCGAUCGGCGUCGACUUCACCACCGGCAUGAAGAACCAGCGGAUGAGCAAACAAAGGUGGGCGCUGAGGAAGACGCCGACGUCCACCGUGGAACUCGCCAGGAUGCGAUCGCUCGUGCACGCGGACGCCUUGGGCACCAAGCAGAAAGGGAUCCCCAUGGGAGACGACGAGGAGGAGAGCGGGCGACGGUCACCGGACGAGAACGUCGCUCCGAACGGGUUCGUGGGCGGCGGCGAGCAGAGAAGCCGCGCGAACCGAAAAUUUCGGAGAGGGUCGCCGCCCAAGGUUACCUUUGCGCCAAACACGCCGGAGCCGACGCCGAUGUGGAGGCGAUCCAGCCUCGACGGGCCGUCGCAUCGGGCUUCUGUGCGGCCGGUGUUCCCGGUGAGGGUGUUCCUCGCCGGCUUUUGACGCGCGUCGUUGGAAUAGAGAGGGUCAGCAUUUUCCUUAAUAAAGAUUCCAAACCGU